UUGAACUGCUAUGUGAUAUGAAGAGAUUAUCCUAAUUGUAGCGAAUUGAAUAACUUCCUUUACCCUUAUGCUGCAUGUUUUUGUUUUUAGAGGGUUUUUUUUAGAUUUGUUUAUAUGUGCGCCGUUUUUAAUAUAGUUUCCUAGGAAUAAAAUGUGCAUUCUGCAAUGUUGAGAAUAGCAUCAAGGAAGUAAAAAAAAAAUUGUAUUUCAUCAAAUUAUCAUUCUCAUUUCCUAAUUCAUUUCCUCAUCAUUGUGGGAGCAUUUUUAUUUGCUUUCUCUCAGGGUUGGUUGGAACAGAUGGCAAAUUCAUGUGAAAGGAUAAUGGCACAGGACCCUGUGUUCUGUGAGUUCUGUAAGGCUAGCAAUGCAGAGGUUGUCUGUCAAGUUUGUUAUGACCGUGUCUGCAACAUUUGUGAAAAAGUCCAUCAAAAUAUUCAUUCCAAUACCGACAGUAAACCCCUUGCUAAAGUGGCGAAAGUACAAGGGUUCUGUUCUAAGCAUCCACGGCAUCGCUAUGAGGUUUGCUGCUCUGAGUGUCGUGUGCCUGUAUGCACCAAUUGUAUUCUAGAUGUCCAUAACAAACAUAAAAUGGUCAACAUAUCUGUCUUGUAUGAGGAGGACAAAGCCGCAAUUUUAGAGGACAUAUCUGAAAUGAAAAGCAAAAUACACCCAAAUCUUGAUAUAAUUGCGCAGCAUGCAAGAGCUGAAAAAGAAAAUAUUCCCAGCAAGUGUCAGAUGGUUGCAAACUAUCUAAAAAUUCGGGUUGAAAAAGCCAAACUGCUAAUUGACGAGAUCUAUGAGGAGACAAUAAAUGAACUUGGAGAGAUGGAAGUAAGUGAUGUCAAAGCCAUGGAUGAGCAUAUAGGCCACAUUGAUGAAAUCAUACUGAAAUUGCACAACAUAACCACCUUGUUUGAAAGCCAACUUAAAACAAGAUUUGAAUCUGACCUGAUUUUGUUCCGGCGUGCUAAUCCUGGAAUUUCCAGUUACAGAACUAUACCAGAAUCUCUCAUGUAUUCUCCACCAAUUUUCAAAGGUGGGAAAGCAGACAAGACAAAGCUUGCCAAAUAUCUUGGAGAAUUAAAGCCAUCAUCCAUGAAGUACUGUAAAGUAAAAAAGGUAAGACUACAGACUUCAAAACGUUCAGAAGCCAGGGCAAUUCUUGUAAGUACGUUGGGGAAUAUUUUAGCUUUUCCACCAACCAGCCCUUCAUCAGCCACGCCCUCAGGUCCAGUCUCAAGUAAUCCACCUAGCAGGAGCACAUCUUUGACAAAAUCAGCAAAAAGUGUGAAGAACUUUAAGAGAAGUUAUAGUGUUAUGACAUCGGUUAACUGUGUGUCACCAGAGAAGGCAUGGAUAAGUGGGCAACACUCUGACAUUAAGCUGAUGGACCUUGAGAGUGGAGAAUGUGACAGCUUUUCCACAAGUUGUCUGACUGAUGGACCAUCAGAUGUUGCCGUGACAACAGAUGGAGAUAUUCUUUUCACAGAUUUUGACGAGAAGUCAGUUUCAAGGGUUUCUGGUAAAACACGAGUUUUGAUUACAACUUUCAGCACUGACUGGAAUCCAAAAGGCUUAUGCAGUGGAAUGCACGACGAAGUGUAUGUCUGUCAAGUAGAAAAUAAAUAUGGAAAAGUCACAAAAUUCAACAAAGAAGGCAUAUUGUUAUUUGAAUAUGUAUUGGAUGGGAAUGGAAGUCAUAUUUUUCUUCAACCAAGUUAUGUUUGCAGAAAUGAAGGAUCCAAUAUUUUUGUAUCUGACACAUUAAAACAUGCCAUCAUUGGAUUGGAUCCUUGCGGAAAUGUUCGGUUUGAAUACAAGAGAAACAUAUCUGACGAUAGAUCUCCAUUUGACCCACGUGGCCUGGACAUUGAUGUAGAUGGUAACAUUGCAGUAGUGGACUAUGGAAAUCAUGAGGUUAUCCUGCUCAAUGACAUUGGAGAAUUCCUCAUAUGCUUGCUGGAUCGAAGUGAUGGCUUAAGUCGGCCAUGUGAUAUCAGCAUUGAUGCCGAAAAAAAACUUUGGGUGGCAGAAUGCCGAACAGGAAAGUUGAAAGUUUUUCAGUCAUUCUCAACCGAGAUCUAAGACUUAUUAAAUCCAGAUCCUUCAAAGUUAAACCCAAAAUUUUUACUAGGUCACCCUAUUCACUUUGGUGACCUAUUGCAAUUGAUCUUCAUCCGUCAUUGUGAGUUAACAAUUUUACAUUUUUAACUUCUUGAAAACUAUAAGGCCAAUUAUUACCAUUUUUGGUGUAAAGCAUUUCUACGGUAGGAGGAAUCUAAAGUGUGAAAUUUAUGGCUUUACCAUUCACAAAGCCUUAAAAAAAAUACAUGCAUGAUUAUGACGUCCAUGAAGCUCUCUACCUAAAUUGUGAAAUUCAUGGUUCCUGGGUCAGGGGUUCAGGUCCUAGUGCGGGGCUAAUAUAGUCACAUAGUGAAAAUAAUAUUUUCUUCUUUUCUGUUACAGUCAUGGGAGAUAAAGUCAUGCUUUGUCAUUGUGUUCAUAAUGUCCUGAUCAUAAAUUGUGAAAUUCACUGCCAAAGUUUAUUGAGAAAGGGGGGGGGGGGGGAGAUAAAUAUACAUGUAGCCAUAUAUUGAACAUGAAUUUUAACUUAGAGUAAUUGCUGUGUUGGUAAAUUGGCAACAUUGAAUUAAAGAUGUUUUCUAUUUAAGGACUGUGCAUAAUUGUAUACUUGUAGAAAUAAUUAAGCUGUAUGCAUUUUGUGUGCAUUAUAAAUGAAACUGUGAAUAUUAUAAAAGAUUGACCAUUAAAGGCUGCAGGUCUCAUCACCAAAAGUUUACAAUUUUUGGCCCCUGGAGCUAAGGUUCAGGUAAUGCAAGUAUCUUCUGACUCUUAAACACCCCCCCCCCCCUUCCAAUUUUGAUCAAAUUAUUAAAGCAGGGUAACAGUCAGAGAACGCUCAGAUUGGGGUUUAGACUUCAAAAUGAAGCUUAAAAUGCAAACAUCUCAGUCAAAAAGGUAAUGGUACUCAGGUGACCGUCAACCCCUGUUGGCCUCUUGUUAUGUUUUAGUAUUCGCCAUAGUCUUUGCCAUUUUUUACCUUUAUGCAUAGACCAAGGCUUUGGUAGCUCAGGGGUUGAACUCCUGACUAAAAAUGCAAGAUGUUCACAUUUCAUGAAAUCUAUUGAAACUUUACCCCAUAAAUACCAUACAUAUUCAUUGAUAUCUUGAAUGUCAUCUGAUCAUUUGCAUACACAUGUACAAGUGACACUUGUAAUAAUUUUUUACUAAUGUCCCGGAU